GCCUGACCCGGCCAAUCCGACCACCAUGAAGCCAAACCCUUCAUCAGGGCUCCUCAGUGCCUUCCAGGCACUGAGGAUAACGCCCGCGACGCUCCUCCGAGCUUCCCUUCCGUCGGCGACCGUCCUGCGUCCCUCAGCGGCGACGACAUCAGCCGCGAACCCCCAGUAUGUCAGGUUAUUCUCGGCGACGGCGAUCCGGGCAGGAUCAUGGCUGGAGCCCAAUCUCCCGCGCAAGAAGAAGAUGAUGAAGGGGCGACCCAGAGUGCCGACAGGAGGAUCCACCAAGGGCACGACGGUGGUCUGGGGAGACUAUGGCCUGCGCAUGUGCGACCACCACCGCAGAAUCAGCGCUGCCCAGCUCAAGGUGGCCGAAGACACCAUUAAGGCACGGUUGCGUGGUCAGCGAUACCGGCUGUACAAGAGGGUUGCUUGCAACGUUGGCGUGUUUGUCAGCGGCAACGAGAUGCGAAUGGGCAAGGGCAAGGGCUCUUUCGAUCACUGGGCGGCCAGAGUUGCCGUUAACCAAAUCCUGUUCGAGAUCAAGGGGGUGCUGCACGAGCAAGUCAUUCGGGAUGCGUUCCGUCUUGCGGGCAAUAAGCUGCCAGGGCAAUACGAGUUCGUCAAGAAGGGCGAUCCGCCGGUAGUCGGAAUUACAAAGCUGGAAGGGAUCACUCUGGAAGAGCUCAAACGGCCGUGGAAGAAGCUUCCCGAAGACGCCACGGCCUCCUUGCCACCGACUACUUCCACCUCAGCACCUCCCCCUUCAUAGCCCUCGCCAACGGCUUAUCUCGAUUGUAUAUUAUGUAGACUAAAUCGGCAGCCACUGUGUGUGGCCUUGAGAACCCCUGGUCAUGGUGUCUGCCGUAGGGCCAAAGUACAGUCCAAUGAGCCUCAAUUGAAGGAAGCAGUGACAAGCACAGUCGAAGCAGUGCCUCCCCACGUCGUUGACACCUUGAUUUCGGCUCGAGAGGAAAACCCCGUGGAAAAGGACGAUGCAGCUUUGCAUAGACACUGAAACUCCUUGUGGAACGCAUGAUGAUAUCAAACGUCUGAACCCGUUGUACCUGGCACACAAAGAUUCCAUCACCGAUAUGUGAAAAGUGCUUUGUGCUUGCUGCGAGCAAGUCCCUCUUCGUCGACU